GACCACUUCAUCAAUACAAGUAAACAAGCUUAUAAGUGUUUUCUUUAUACGUAUAAACAUCUUGUGAUCAAAACAAGUAACCAUUCAAAAAAGAUGAAAGGAAAAACUAUGAUUUUCAGUUUGCUCAUAAUGAGUCUGCUCAUGGCACAAAUUCAAGUAGAAGCAAGGACCUGCUGCCCGUCCACCAAAGCUAGAAAUGGUUUUAGUAUAUGUCUUAUGGCGGGGUCUUACUCCAAGAAAAAUUGUAUUUCAAUGAAUGGAUGUCAAGCAUCUGAUACAUGCCCUCCCGGCUGGGAAAACGGCAUUCUGGAAAACUCAGGUGAUGUUGUUAAUGAGUACUGCAAGUUAGGGUGUGAAACUUCUGUUUGUGGUGCCAUGAACACUCUCAAAAACUCUGAUGCAAGUGAGAUUGUGAAAGGAUCGCUUGAACAAUGCGCUAAGGCAUGUUCUACUUUCUGUACCAAGAGCUCUUAAGUCAAACUUGUAACAGCCUAGAGUACUGUUCUAAUUGUGGUCUAUGUGACAAAAAAUGCUAGACUCUUGUAAUGUGCAUGUGUCGUCAAAGGCUGUCGAUCUCUAGAUUGCACAUGCCCUCUACUUCCCUAUCAUCUUAAUAAAGAAUAACCUGUCUUUUAUUAA